AAACCAGUUGACGGUGAUUGCUAUCAGAUGAAGCUAAACAAUUUCGUUAGUUGUGCUACUGUAGCGAAUAUUUUAAAAAGCGGUGGUUUCAAAGAUGGAUAUCGCUUAAUUGAUUGUACGAGUCGAAUUGCACCACGUCCGAAUCAUGAAGAAUACAAGAAACUUGUGUAUGGAAAAUUCGAGCAAAUGAUGGCUGCAGAAACCAGACAAAAGAAAGGCUAUUGGAAGAAUCAUAUUCCGUGCGCAGUUCACUUAGAUCUGAAUACAGCCACGUAUCCAAGUGAAUACACUUCUUACGCAUUUUAUCCACCGGAGAUUUUCCAACAAUACAUAAGACUGUUAGGUGUAAAUGUUGACGAUCAACUGAUACUCUAUUCGAGAGGUGCCAUUGGAGGAAUGAUGAUACCAGCGUGUAUUGCAUGGAUUUUUAAGUGUUACGGACACGAUCGCGUAUCUGUUUUGGAUGGUGGUCUUUCUCGUUGGGAGAAGGAAAUUGGCGAAGUUACUGACGAAUUACCGGUUGUUAAGCCUGGAAAUUGGACAGCAUCUGAAAUAUCUGAAGAUCGUUUGGUGAGUUUCGAAGAAAUAAUGCAGAAAGAAUGGCUCAAUAAGCUUGAUACGAUCAACUUUCUGGAUGCUCGAACAAAAGGUCAAUUCGACGGAGUUGAAGCAACGACUCUUGAUCAUCGUAAAGUGAAAGGAUCACAUGUUGCUGGUGUACAUAAUGUUCCGGCUGUCGACUCGAUCACUAAGGAGGGUGUAUUGAAGUCAGAAAGUGAACUCAAAAAAUGGCUUGAAGAAAAUGGUUUCCAAAAGGGCAAACCAAUAGUAACAAUGUGCAACAAAGGGAUUCAAGCCGCAAUGCUUGCGUUGAUAAUGGAGCAUGUGGAUAAGAGUUCGAGAGCACGCGUCUAUAUGGGCUCAAUGAAGGAGAUUGAGUUGAGAGACCCGGAAAAGAUCAAUGCCGGUCGUAUCUACACACCCUAG